UCCAGCUAUAUUACACACCUUGACUGGUCCCCAGACAACAAGUAUAUAAUGUCAAACUCAGGAGACUAUGAAAUACUAUACUGGGACAUUCCAAGUGGCUGUAAGCUAAUCAGGAAUCGUUCUGACUGUAAGGAUAUAGAUUGGACGACAUACACUUGUGUGCUAGGCUUCCAGGUGUUCGGAGUUUGGCCCGAAGGAUCAGAUGGGACAGACAUAAAUGCCCUUGUCAGAUCCCAUAACCGAAAAGUGAUAGCAGUUGCUGAUGAUUUUUGUAAGGUCCAUCUCUUUCAGUAUCCCUGUUCCAAGCCAAAGGCUCCAAGUCACAAGUACAGCGCUCACAGUAGUCAUGUGACAAAUGUCAGCUUCACCCAUAGCGAUGGUCACUUGAUUUCAACUGGAGGGAAAGACAUGAGUAUUAUUCAAUGGAAACUUGUGGAGAAGGUAACUCUACCACAAAAUGACAUUGUCGUAGACAUUGGUGCAACCAAAGUGCCCAUCCCUGCCAGUGAAAAUGCUGUACAGUCUCCUGCACCUCUCCCACAGCCUUUUAACGAAAUGAACCAAAACGAAAGUGUAACUGGCAGCUCUCCGGCUUCUUUGGAGAGCAACUUGGAGCAGUCUGCGGAGGCCAGCGAAGAGCAAAGCGAAGAGCAAAGCGAGGGGAGCAGCCUGGAUCCUGCCGAGCCGGGCUACGAGGAGCCCUCCAACGAGACAAGCGAGGAACACAGCGAAUCCACAGUCACUGAAGAGCAGCAAGAUAACUCACCGGUGUCUUAACGCUCCCAGCUCAGGCGGUUGUUAUUUUCCCUUGGUGUGCGUGCUUUCAUUACAGGGUGAGGGUUCAAAUAGGGAAAAGUAACUGAGAUUCAUGACCACUCCAGCUUUUGAGUUUCAGUGAGAUUUUUAGUCUGAGCUUCAGUUCAAUGUGUGGAACCAUCCCAAGGGCCUGGCUUUUGACGGUCUGUGUCAAGAUCUGGUCACAGUUUGUAGUGGACAUUACCAUAGAUCCAUUUCAGUUCUGAAAUUGCUGUCAGGAAGUGGCGUGAAAUAUAUACUGGAAAAAAGGUUAGCUCUGAGACUUAGCUGAAGUAGACCACCUUAACUAUGUGAAAGUGCUUUCUGAAAGAACUAAGCUGAUGGGAAGUGCUGAGCUGUUCCAGCUGGGGAGUACUGUGCUGCUUUUUCCAGGUGCGAAGACAAACAAAACAAAAAAACAACCAAAAAGGUCUUUGUAGGGCUGUUUUCCUUUGUUUUUUCUUAAUGAGAAAAAUAGAGGAAAAACAAUGUAACAAUGCCACAUGUAUGGCGAUGCCUUCUUGAUCUAACACAUAUGCAAUUUUCUAACACUACUAAUUCCUAGUGGAGUCUGGAUGUGCUUGCAGUUGGUCUGCCCUGGGUGCUGCUAGUUCUAAGGCAAAUCCUGUCGAGGAACGGUGUUGGCUGUUCCAUUUUCACAGACUAUUUAAAAACAGACUAACCAAAUACUGGUGUGUUUCACUUUUCAUGACCUGAAAGUUGAUUUAAACUGUAGGAUGUAAUUGUCUCUUCAAAGAAUUGCCUGCCUAGAGAGUUUGAAACUUAAGAGAGUCUUUACAGUGACUUUGAUGUGAACAGCAAAGGAAGCGUGGCAAGAACACAGAAGUCAGAUGGGCUCCAGAGUUAAACUUUAAGCCUUCAAGCAGAACUUGCUCCAUCCCUAGUAGGAGAAAUAUAAAUACAGUUAACUUAAAUUAUUAAAUUGGUGCUUAGGAUUAGUAUAUUAAGUUGAUAGUUUUUUCUUCUGAAUUUUUAGAGGUAACUCUAAGAAUCAUUGAACUGCAACCUCUAUUUUUUUUGUUUCCCUGGCUCCUUUAGCAGUUGUGAUAUAAGCAUACAAUAAUUUAGACGAUUAUGUGAUUCCCCCCCCUCGAGUUGCUGAUCUAUUAUUUUUGUGAUUUUUGUUUCCACCCCACCCCUCCCCGGGUUGCUCUAAGCCAUGCAGCUCUCAUGUGGCUAUACCUGGCCAGUUACGGGAUAUCUUGGCAUUUGUUAAGCAUUUGGAAAGUACUUUUUUUACAAAGUUUGUCAGAUAGCUACAUUUUUUUCUUAAGUGCAUACGUUUCCUACUUUAAAAAGAUACAGAUUUACUGACAGAUAUCCAUUUCCUAUGUACUUGUUUAUAUUUUGAUUACAUAGAAUUUUCUUUUUUAACUUGCUGCAUUGUGCUGGUAUUUUAGUUCUUAGUUAGAAUAUCAUGUUUAGAAACUUUGGAUGAGUUCAUAAGUCUUAAUUGUGCAAGCGUUUACGUGAUUGUGCCAUUCCAAAGUGCAUCAAAACUGUCAUUCCCUUACUAGUAUCUUCUCAGGAGAAAUGCUACAGAUCAGGUAUUUAGUCAUCAUUUGGAAAGAUAAAAACAAAUGGACUCCCAAAGGACAUUUAGAACAUUUAUAUAUAAAAUACAUCUAUAAAUAUAUAUAUAUAUACACACACACACAUAUAUAUAUAUAAAAAAAAAGUAUCCUCUUGUUUACAACAGUUCCAGAAAACCUCAAAGUAGUUCCCUUCAGAUGGAGGGAGAUACGGAUUCCAAGCAACCCAUCUGUUUAAACUGUGCUCUGUACAUAGAGUUUUACUGGAGAGCUCUAGUAUGCCUGACUCGCAAAUUUGCCAAAUAGCAGCAAUGGAAGAUAAAGGUCAACUCAUCAAAGUACUUGGUUCCAAAUGAGGAAUAUGCUGUAGGUUUAGAAAAUAAUCUUAGUAAAAGAGAAAGGAUUUUAGAGGUAACGAGGCACAGAGCUCUCUGUCAUUUUUAUGAACUCCACGUAAGCAACACAUUUCUUUUUGGAACAUCUGCCACCUGGGGUUGCCAUGUAAAGUGAGAGUUAUAGUUGUGAUAUUCUUGUGUUUGUAGUUCAGAAGACUCGACUAAUAUGCAAAAAGCCUUACAGCUUUCAAUUGCUGGCAACUACUGUUUAACGAAUAAUUAAAUCUGUGAUAAUGGAUGGAAAUGGGUGGGAUUAUGUACCUGUAGAUGUUUUAGAAAAAUAAUUGUGAAUGAAUUAUGAUUAAGAGUGUUUCAUGUGAAGAUGUUUGAGCCAUUUCUAUCUAUCAUGCAUUCCUGUCUCAAGGCAGAAAAUUUUGAAGAUUAAAAAAAAAAUAAAAUAAUCAAAAUAAUA